GCCCGGCCGCCGCUCUCGUUCAGCAUGGACGCUCUGCUGCGGCCUGACGAGCCGGCGCCGCGCGACGAGCCGGACGAGGACGAGGCGGCCAGCGAGCGGUCGGCAGAGUCGCCGCUCAACGUCGAGCGGUUGUCGGACGCCGAGGAGGAGGAUCCGGCGGCGGUAGCGGCGUGUGGCCACGCGCCGCGCGCCGCCAGCCCGCUGUCGGAGCGGCUGGCGCAGCAGCGCUUCAGUCCGGGCCCGCCGGCCAAACCGCCGCCGCUGGCCGUGCCGAACGGCCUGCUCGGCCAGCGGGCGCCAUUCGGCCUGUACCCGGGCCUGCACGCCGGCAUGUGGCCGCCCGCCCUGCAGGGCUACCCGUUCUUCGGCGGCAACGCGCUGCCGCCCAGCCUGCAAAAGCCACCGGAGCCGCCCAAGAUCACGGGCACUAUGCACCUGCGGAAGCACAAGCCUAACCGCAAGCCGCGCACGCCCUUCACCACCCAGCAGCUGCUGUCGCUGGAGAAGAAGUUCCGUCAGAAGCAGUACCUCUCGAUCGCCGAGCGGGCCGAGUUCUCCGCCCAGCUCAGCCUCACCGAGACCCAGGUGAAGAUCUGGUUCCAGAACCGGCGCGCCAAGUCCAAGCGGCUGCAGGAGGCGGAGCUGGAGAAGCUGCGCAUGGCGUCGCGGCCGCUUCUGCCCACCUUCGGCAUGCUGCCGGGCGCCGGCUCCGUGUUCUCGGCCGGGCUCGGCCUGCCCGGCUUCCAGCGACCGAUGCCGUUCCUGCUGUCGCCGGCCUACUCGCAGGCGCAGCCGCCGCACUCCAGCUAGCCGACGCGCCGCGGCCGCCGUCCUGCCACUGUGAUACCGCCGCCGGCGCCGCCCGGGUCACCGGAGGUCAGCCGGGGUCGCCGGAGGUCGCCGGAGGUCAGCCAGGGCGCGUCGCGGUCAUCGGAUGCCGACUCGCAGCCACAGAAAGGCCAUUUGCUGCCGCGCUGCUCGUUGGCCCAGGAGACCUGUUCGGCUGACUUCCGACCUGACCUGACCCGGGGUCAGGUGGUGCUGCGCCCUGCGACGCCCCGGCCCGUCGUCGCCACGCUAGCUUCUAGUCAGCCCCACCGCCGCCGCCGUCUGGAUGUCAGUAAGCCGCCAGUGCGGCUCGCUCCGGCGGCCCGCGGCGCCGUCGCUGUUGUCAGCCCGCCCCUCCACGCGCCGUGAGGAGCAGAGCGCAGUGGGGCCCAGAGUCGGGACGCCGCGUUGCCGUGGUUUUCCUAUUUGCCGUCAGCCGUAGGUUGGGUGCCUGAGGCCAGGUGGCGCGGUGUGCGAGCGGGCAGGGCCGGUGGGCCUCGCCACCGCGCGCUGCUGCCCGCCUGCCUCUCAAAGGCGCUGGCAGUGCUAACCGAUCCUGACCGAUUGUCUUGUUACUGUCACGCUGUAAAUACAACGGAACUGAGAGUUAAUGUUAUGUAAUUUAUACAUCAAUAAACAGUUAAUUUAUUA